UUUGCCCGAGAAACUCGAGAGAAAUAUCACUGUUGCUUCCUGUGAGCGGCGACAAGGGGGAAAAUGGGGAAUCCUCAGAAAUCGGGCACGGGCGGAGAUCUUCACAACGCGGCUCGGUCCGGGGACCUGAAUGCGGUGCAAUUAAUAUUGAGCACAAACCCUUUGGCAGUCAAUUCCAGGGAUAAGCACUCUAGAACUCCACUACAUUUAGCUGCAUGGUCUGGCCAAGCAGAGGUGGUGAGUUAUCUUUGCAAGAAUAAGGCUGAUGUCGGUGCCGCCGCCAUGGAUGACAUGGGUGCAAUUCACUUUGCUGCCCAAAAGGGUCAUUUAGAAGUUGUACGAACUCUACUUUCGUCAGGUGCCUCUGCUAAAGCUUCUACUCGCAAGGGCCUGACUCCAUUACACUAUGCUGUCCAAGGAUCCCACUCAGAACUUGUCAAGUACUUGGUAAGGAAAGGUGCAAGUCUUAGCAUCAAGACAAAAUCAGGGAAGACUCCCAUUGAUCUUGCCAACAAUGAAGAAAUUCGCUCCUUACUCGAGGAGCGCGAAAGGUUGCCCAUUAAAGGAGAUCUGAAUGGUAGAAAGAAGGAUGAAGAAUCUGACCUGAAGCCAUCUGUGCAAGAAAAAGAAGAAAAUCCUGAUGAUGGAGCUCCUUCCGUUGUAGAUGAUGACAACGAUGAACUGGAUGGUGAAGGGGUGAAGCGGAAGGGUGAUCAAGAUGAUAGAAAUGAAGCCUCAUCCGAACCAAAAAAGGCACGAGUUGCACUCAAUCACCUUUCGAGUGCAGAUGAUGCACAAGAAGAUGAAGAAAACUUGUGAUGCCUUGAUCGAAGUAUGGUAGAGUGACUACUUGCCUAGCAUCCUGACUGCUUUGGGGUUGUACGACCUUUUGUGCUAUACGAUGCCAUAAACGCAUCUUUGUAAGACUUUCUUAAGAGUUUUUUAUUUUUCCUUUUAAGUUUCAAUGUCGUGAUUUUACAUUGUAAUUUCCUGCUAAUCUCCUGGUAUUUUAUAAUUUAUAUUGUAAUUGUAAACGCUAUUUUUGGGCUAACUGUCAUGAAACAGGUACAUAGAGACAUGCAAGAGCGACAUCUUGUGAUUUCUUCUUGUA